UGUUCGAGUGAACAGUGAACACCAUUUCUGUGAAAACUGAUAGAAGCAGUACUUGAUGUUGCUAUGUACCAACGAAGAACCCAAAAACUAUGUUAAAGGAAACCCGGGCUUAGGUCUUCUCAUUUUUAUUUCUCAUCAAACACUCUCUUUUUAUCUCAGCUUUCUUCAAAGGUGAGUUGUUCAUUUCACUUUCUGUUCAUUGAUGGGUACUGUUAUUGACAAGUGGGAUGAUGAAUGCUCUGUCAUUGAGGAUAAAGGAGAAAUAGCGUUUAUUGAUUAUGAAGAUGAUAGAUCGGUGUGUAGUUACAAUCCCGAUGAAGAGGGUUCUUUUGUGAUUUCUGUUCCAUUCCCUUUUGUAGAGGGGAAACCUCAAUCGGUGAUCGUAGGGGAAACUGCUGUAGAUUCAAUCACCUUAAAAAACAACAGUGGUGAGCCUGUGGAUCUAUGGACUAAAAUUUAUGCCUCAAACCCUGAGGAUACUUUCACAUUUUCUUUGAUGAAGCCUCCAUCUGGAAAGUCAGAAGUAGAUAUCAGCCAAGGUUUUCUGGAAUCUUUUAAGUUAGAAGACAGAAUGGUUCAGCCUGAUGAGACUUUAACUAUCUGGUUGUCUUGCAAGCCAAAUGGAAUCGGCCUGCACACUACAAUUGUGCAUUUUGAUAUAGGGGGGGAUAGGAUAGAGCGAGUGAUUUUUCUCUUGGCUGAAGACAAAAUCUCGCAGUCUUUGGCUUCAAAUAAACCAUAUUCAAGAGGUACAAGAAAAAAACAUUUUGAUGUGGAUACAUAUGUUGUCGGUUCGCGUCCUGCAAGAGUGACUGGCCAAGUUUCUUUCCAGAAUAGGCUUCCCAAAUAUGCCAUUCCAAAGAAUAUGAGAGAACUCAUUGAGAGCAAGCAGAUCCCAGAUGUUAUUCAAGAAGGUCUAACAAGAGACAAUUAUUGUUCUUACUUCGAAACAUUAGUGAUCAUGGAAGAAAUACAACUGGAGGUAGAAAUGAGGUCUCAUCACAUGGAGAAUGUUGCUAUGAGGAAGAGAGGACAAUUUUUGACUCUUGAGGUCCCAGGGCUCGCUGAGAGAAGGCCAUCACUUGUUCAUGGAGAUUUUAUUUUUGUCAAGCUUGCUAAUGACAAUGGAGGAGAUAAGACUUCUCCUUAUCAGGGUUUCAUCCACCGCGUUGAGGCCGAUGAGGUGUAUUUGAAGUUUGCCCAAGAUUUUCACUUGCUCCAUAGAGAUGUGAAUCUUUACAAUGUACAGUUCACUUACAAUCGAGUCAACAUGAGAAGGUUAUAUCAAGCCAUUGAUGCUGCACAAGGGUUAGACAUGGAGUUCCUUUUUCCAUCUGAGUCCUCUGAAAAAAGACUUAUUGAAUUAACUCCACUGGUACCUAUUUCCUGUAAUCUUAACGAGGAGCAAAUGUGUUCAAUCGAGAAGAUCCUUGGCUGCAAAGGAGCUCCUCCUUAUCUGAUUCAUGGACCUCCUGGUACAGGUAAGACUAUGACACUUGUGGAAGCAAUUCUCCAGCUCUACAGAACUCGAGAGAAUUCUCGGAUUCUUGUCUGUGCGUCUUCAAAUAGUGCUGCGGAUCACAUACUAGAGAAACUCCUCAGUGAGAAGACUGUUGAAGUUCAAGAGAAUGAGGUAUUCCGGCUCAAUGCAACUUCUCGCUCAUAUGAGGAUGUCAAGCCUCAUCAUAUCCGCUUUUGCUUCUUUAAUGAGUGUGUCUUUAAGUGUCCUCCAGUCAAUGCCCUCACUCGCUACAGGAUCAUCAUAUCAACUUAUAUGAGUGCUUCUCUUCUUUAUGCUGAAGGUAUUAACUCUGGCCACUUCUCUCAUAUUUUCUUGGAUGAGGCUGGCCAAGCUUCAGAGCCAGAAAGCAUGAUACCUAUGUCUAUCCUCUGCAAAAAGGAGACUGUUGUUGUUCUUGCUGGAGACCCUAUGCAGUUAGGUCCAGUAUUAUAUUCAAGAGAUGCAGAGACUUAUGGAUUGGGGAAAUCAUACUUGGAAAGGCUGUUUGAAUCUGCAUUUUAUUAUACAGGAGAUGAAAAUUAUGUAACAAAGUUGGUUAGAAACUACCGAUGUCAUCCCGAAAUUUUGUAUCUUCCUUCAAAGCUGUUCUAUGAAGAGGAAUUGAUUGCAUGUAAAGACGACACAAGUUCCUUUGCAAUGUCGGUGAACUUUCUUCCUAACAAGGAAUUCCCUAUUCUUUUCUAUGGUAUUCAAGGCUGUGAUGAGAGAGAAGGCAGCAAUCCAUCGUGGUUCAAUCGGAUUGAAGUAAGCAAAGUUGUAGAGGUCAUCAAGAGAUUGACAGCAAGUGGGAAUUUGAGUGAGGAAGAUAUAGGGGUCAUAACACCAUAUAGACAGCAGGUACUCAAACUAAAGAAAACCCUAGAAAGUUUAGAUAUGCCUGAUAUCAAGGUUGGCAGUGUUGAACAGUUCCAAGGACAAGAAAGGCAAGUCAUUAUUAUUUCUACUGUCCGAUCAACAAUCAAACACAAUGACUUUGACAGAAGACACUGUUUAGGAUUUCUGAGCAAUCCAAGAAGGUUUAAUGUGGCUGUUACCCGUGCAAUAUCUUUGCUUGUUGUGAUCGGGAAUCCACACAUUGUUAGCAAGGAUGAAUACUGGAAUAAGCUUUUAUGGCGUUGUGCAGACAACAAUUCUUACCAGGGUUGUGCACUUCCUGAGAGGCAGGGGUAUCCAGAUGAAGAUCCGGCGGAAGGGGGUUUUUUAAACCGUCAUGAAGAAGAACUUGUACAGAAUUUUGAACAGGGUGACUGGAUUGGAGAAUCAUCUCAGAUAGAAUUUGUUAAACCUGUCAAAGAUGAAGAUGAGUGGUCUGAUGGGUGGCGGUAAAUAUAUUUACCCAGCUCCGUGAACUAAAAGUGUCUUUUGUUUUGCAACUUGUUUUUCAUCAUCAGACGAAAGUUACUCCAUAUCAGAGAAAUUUUUUGUUAAUCUUUUUGGGACAGACAAUAGAGUGUGUCAGAGAAUUGAAUUUUGUAAAGCUUUAUGUCUGAGUUUGGAGUUACACGCCAUUAGAAAGGUUUGAUCAAGCUUUAACGUGCA